AUGGAGGUAGCUACCUCUCUAGGCUUGAAAUGCCACUCCUGGUUCCAUGUCCCCCCUCACCGUUUCCCCUCUUCUUCUUCUUCUUCUCACAAACCCACAUCUGAUUCCACCCUCUCAUUCGCAUCCACGAGACAGCAUCAUGCCUCACUUACUACCGCACAAUCUCCACUCCCCACCUCGCUCUUGCUCUCUUCCGACUUCACCACUCCCCAGCUGCUCGAAACCCUCCGCCAACAGCCGAACGAGUCCGCGGCGCUUCGGGUGUUCGAAUGGGCUUCAAAGCAGCCAAAUUUCGAGCCGAAGGCGUCCCUGUACGAGGAGAUUCUCCGCAAGCUCGGCAAAGUCGGGUCCUUCGAUUCGAUGAAGGACAUCUUGGAAGAAAUGAAGAACUCGGGGUGUCGGGCCAGCAAAGGUAUAUGCUUAGUCUUUGUUCAGAGCUACGCCGAUUUCGAUUUGUAUGAUGAAAUCCCUGAAUUACUCGAGUCGAUGGAGGUUGAGUUUGGGUUUCAACCCGACACCCAUUUCUUCAAUUUCGUACUGAAUGUUAUGGUGGAUGGUAACAAGCUGAAAUUGGUGGAAAUGGUGCACUCUAAUUUGAUGAGGAGAGGAAUCAAACCCGACGUUUCGACAUUCAACAUACUUAUCAAAGCCUUGUGCAAAGCACAUCAAAUUCGGCCUGCUAGUUUGAUGAUGGAGGAGAUGCCCAGCUACGGUCUGCUUCCAGAUGAGAAAACUUUCACCACAAUCAUGCAAGGGUUCAUCGAAGAAGGAAACUUGGAUGGUGCACUGAGAGUGCAGAAGCAAAUGGUGGAAGCUGGAUGCCCCAUGACCAAUGUAACCGUAAAUGUGCUGGUUCAUGGUUACUGCAAACAUGGUAGAAUUGCAGAAGCUCUGGGCUAUAUAGAGGAGGUCUCUAACAAUGGAUUCUUCCCGGAUAAGUACACUUUCAACACUCUGGUGAACGGACUGUGUAAAGUUGGUCAGGUUAAGCAUGGUUUGGAAGUCAUGGAUAUGAUGCUUCAAGAAGGCUUCGAUCCAGAUAUUUAUACUUACAACUCUCUUAUAUCCGGGCUGUGUAAAGCCGGUGAAGUUGAGGAAGCAGUGGAGAUUCUGGAAGAGAUGAUUUCAAGGGAUUGCUCUCCCAACACUGUGACUUACAACACUUUGAUAAGUACCUUGUGUAAGGACAACCAAGUGGAGGAAGCUACUAAACUUGCCCGUGUUCUCACUAGCAAGGGACUUGCUCCUGAUGUAUGCACAUUCAAUUCCCUCAUACAAGGUCUGUGCUUGACCAGAAACCAUUCCCUCACCAUGGAAUUGUAUCACGAGAUGAAGAACCAAGGGUGCCAGCCGGAUGAGUUUACCUACAACAUGUUGAUAGAUAGCCUUUGCUACAGAGGGAAGCUGGACGAUGCUUUGAACCUGCUUAAAGAGAUGGAAUCGAGUGGCUGUGCGAGAAGCGUGAUCACUUACAACACUUUAAUUUCUGGGUUCUGCAAAAACAGGAAGAUCGAAGAAGCAGAAGAGAUCUUUGACCAAAUGGAACUCCAAGGGGUAUCGAGAAAUUCUGUAACAUUCAACGCACUCAUUGAUGGCUUGUGCAAGAACAGGAGAGUGGAAGAGGCUGCUGAACUAAUGGAUCAAAUGAUAAUGGAAGGGCUGAAGCCGGACAAGUUCACUUACAACUCAAUGCUCACUUACUUCUGUAAGGGAGGGGAUAUUCAGAAGGCUGCUGACAUAGUCCAAGCCAUGGCCUCAAAUGGUUGUGACCCGGAUAUCGUAACUUACGGGACAUUGAUUGGCGGGCUGUGCAAGGCGGGACGAGUGCAGGUGGCGAGCAAGCUUCUGAGGUCCAUUCAAUUGAAAGGCGUAGUCUUGUCGCCUCAUGCCUACAACCCCAUACUGCAAGCACUGUUUAAGAAGAAGAGAAACACAGAAGCUAUGAGAUUGUUCAGAGAAAUGAUGGAGAGUGCUGUUGUUGAUCCUCCUGACCAAGUCACCUACAAGAUUGUGUUCCGUGGGCUGUGCAGUAGUGGCGGGCCAAUACAGGAAGCGGUGGACUUCGUGGUGGAGAUGGCGGAGAGAGGAUACUUGCCUGAAUUUUCGUCUUUCUAUAUGCUGGCGGAGGGGCUCUGUGAACUGUCGAUGGAGGAUACGCUGAUGAAGCUUGUUGAUCUCAUCAUGGAGAAAGCGAAUUUCUCGGCCAAUGAAGUGAGCAUGAUCAGAGGUUUCCUUAAGAUUCGGAAGUUUCAAGAUGGGUUGGCGACUCUUGGAGGUAUACUCGAUAUCAAAAUGCCCAAGAAACCGGCGUAUAGACGAUGA